AUGCCUGGUAGAGCGUCGCGCACGGCUUCGAAUCUCGAACGUGCCGUCGCUAUCCAGUCACUCGCCCGAUAUCUCGCGACCCGAUGCGUCGCCGCACUGGAACACCAGAGCGUUCAGUGGCCCGAAAUGAAUGAGCAGACGAGCUUUGCCGGGACACAUGACAUCGCGCCGCUGCUCAGCUUGCCAAGUCUGCGGAUCCUCAGGGGCAUGAAAAAGGUCACGUCCGCACCAAACCUUCAACUGGAGCUCGAAUGCUUCAGAAUAACCUUUCGUUUCCCCUAUUUCAUUCGACCAAACGUCCGGCCGUUCUUCUUCUACCUCCCAGCCAUUUGGCGGAUCGACGGUGAACUGGGUCGCUUCACACACGAGUCUUUGGAGUCUGAGCUGAGGAGCUGGAUUUGUGGGAUGAGUCUACUCCAUCCUCUUAUGGUCGAAUGCGCCACAGCCAUGCAUCGUAAUAUGGUCCGUCUCAUCCGCGAACUCGAUCCAGGUAUCCUCCGCUUCCAUUUCCUACCUUCCUCUGGCCCAGGUGACAGAGCGCAUCGCCGCGUCUCUUAUGGCAGCAUCUUAUGGACCGUCGUAGAUGCGGAAUAUAUGAAGAUCACCCUUGAGACAGUAGAAGGAUAUCAGGCGGACAUGAUUUUGUCUCGUUCCGUCCAGUACGACCCGGAGAUGAUUCGGCGUUGCUUUCUCCAACGCUAUCCACCUCGUUUCUUCACGUAA